CCCUGUCACGUGCCGGGCCCGCGCCCUGGCCGGGGCCGGAAGCGGCGGGGCGCUAAGAUGGCGGCGGCGUGAGUUGCAUGUUGCGGGGGCUGCCGAGUCCGUUGGGAAGAAGCGUCCGCCCGGCGCGUCCCGCCCCCCGCCCGCCAUGGCGGUGACCGUCACCCUCAAGACGCUGCAGCAGCAAACCUUCAAGAUCCGCAUGGAGCCCGAGGAGACGGUGCGGGUCCUCAAGGAGAAGAUUGAGGCCGAGAAAGGCAAGGAGGCUUUCCCCGUGUCAGGCCAGAAGCUGAUCUAUGCCGGCAAGAUCCUGAGCGACGACGUCGCCAUCAAGGAGUACAAGAUCGAUGAGAAGAACUUCGUGGUGGUCAUGGUGACCAAGACCAAAUCCAACUCAGGCGUCCAAGCCCCCUCCCCUGGCGACGCUGGGCCGGCCAGUGCCCCAGAGCCAGCCCCGUCGGUGGGGCAGACGCCGGCGCCUGCGGCCGGUGCUGACGCUGUCCCGCCCCCAAUGCGUUUGGCGCCGAGCGAGGAGAAGCCUCCGGAGGAGCCGGCUGUUGUCACGCUGCCCGAAUCCACUGCCGGCUCUGUUCCCUCUUCAGGUAGCGUGGGGCGCCCAGACGACGCGGCUUCCACCCUGGUGACCGGUUCAGAGUACGAGACGAUGCUAACAGAGAUCAUGUCCAUGGGAUAUGAGCGGGAGCGGGUGGUGGCUGCCCUCCGGGCCAGCUACAACAACCCCCACCGAGCCGUGGAGUACCUGCUGACGGGCAUCCCAGGCACCUCCGAGCCAGAGAGAGCCCCGAUCCAGGAGAGCCAACCCACAGAGCAGCCAGCACCUGAAGGUGAGAACCCGCUGGAGUUCUUGAGAGACCAGCCCCAGUUCCAGAACAUGCGACAGGUGAUCCAGCAGAAUCCAGCCCUGCUCCCAGCCCUGCUCCAGCAGCUGGGCCAGGAGAACCCCCAGCUACUGCAGCAAAUCAGCCAGCACCAAGAGCAGUUCAUCCAGAUGCUGAACGAGCCGCUGGGCGAGAUGGCUGACAUCUCUGACAUUGAGGGGGAGAUCGGGGCCAUCGGAGAGGAAUCUCCCCAGAUGAACUACAUCCAGGUCACGCCUCAGGAAAAAGAAGCCAUAGAAAGGUUAAAGGCCUUAGGAUUCCCGGAAAGUCUGGUCAUCCAGGCGUACUUUGCUUGUGAGAAGAAUGAAAACCUGGCUGCCAAUUUCCUGCUGAGUCAGAACUUCGAUGACGAGUGAUGCAAGGAAAAAGGAAGAAAAAAAUUUUAUAUAUGAAAAAAUUCUCUCUAUAUCUAUUCCUGUCUAUUUAAGGGGUACAUGGGAGAGACCCCAAAUUCCCCCCUCCCCCCCAAUCAGACAAACUUGCAUCCAGAUUAGACCAGCCCAGCCUUCUGGCUUGAGGAAAUGCUCUUUUUCCCCCUCCCCGUGGAACUGGACAGCUGGGGAUCUGAGUAGCAGAACCAGCCCCUAGUCCCAGCCCCCCUCCCCCCGGCACCUGUGCUGUGGGUAAAUUCAGUUGCGCCCCUCUCUUGCAUGGGGCUUGCUCUGGGGUGGGGAGAAGGGAUUUGGGGCUGGUAGGGGGGUCUGUGGGCUCCUCGCCCAGCCCAGAACUUGUGUGCAGAUUGCUUUGUUGUUUUUCUGUUGAGAUGACCAGCCCCUGUGGAAAGGCUGAGCUACUCUGCUUCCAUCCAUCACCCACUAGCCGUGUGUUUGGUCUCCUUUAAUUUCCCUUCCCCAGUCCCGGUUUCUGCCAUGACCCAGCCAACAACCAGUGUUAGACCCUAUCUAUCCCGCUUCGAACCUGCAUGGCUCACACAGAUUACAGUGGGCCCACCCCACUCCCAGCCUAUUGUGUUAGUGUUUGGUUUUGCCUGUAUAGAAGAGGCUAAACCAUGUUGGCAGUCUGGAUCCAUGCUGAGUAGAGCACAGAUCCCUGCUCCUAGAUGAGGCUGUGUUUAAACUAACCGCUUUCUGCUAGCAGUUGGCUCCAGAUCCCUUUUAAACUCUUGGGUACAGCUUAACGAUCCGGGAGGGUUGAGAACUGGCUUCCUGUGAGCCCAACCUGUUUUUAAGAACCAGCUGCUCUGGCAUUUGUCCUACCCUCCCUGCGAGGCAUGCAUCGAAACUCUCAGCUAGCUCCCAGCCGCGCUGCUGUGGAAGGCAAGGUGUGGGUGCUGCCUUAGAAUAGUCCAUGCUGAGCCAGGGCUGCUGUGAGGGAAAAAAAAGGGUUUGACUUUCGGAGCCAGGUCCCUCAACAGGGUGGCUUGUGCAGCAUUUAGUCCUCAGACCUUGGUGCCUGGGCUGUGCCGAGGGAGAUGGAAAGCCAUUAAAACCUUGCCUACCCUUAGAGAAUCUUCUUUAAAUUACCCCUUUGAAAAGUGCUGCAAAUCAGCCCCUUCUGCUUGAUUUAAGCCCUGUUUCAGAUUCUACUGGAGUUUUAAGGGAAGUAAACACUAGGAUGUCUUUUUAACCUUGAUUUUUCUCCUCAUUGGGGGAUUAAAAAAACCACAGAUCUAUUAGAUCAAAAUCUAUUUAUUUGAAACAGGGCAACUUUUAUCCCCAGGAUAAUGGGAUUAUUUUAAAAACAACAUUAAAAAAUACCCUCUUCGCUCUGGUAAUUUAAAAAUCCGAUUCUCCUCCCCUUACAAAGCAGAUGUGCUCUGACCCACUUCUGAAAAGAUCAGAUUAAAAUCCAGCAUCGUCCCACCUCCUCCCUGCUAAUUUAAUGCUAACAUGGCUGAUUUUUCUAGAUCAUCACACCCGUUUCUGCAUCCCUAUUUCUUUCCCUGUCUCAUGCCCCAAAAACCUUGACACCCCUUUGAAGUAACUCCUGACUUUCUGGGCCAUUCUGUUGCAUACAAAUCCCACCUGGUGCAGCUGCAAAGAGAACAGAGUAAUUGCCUCUAAAGUAUAUCCUGAAGCCAUAAAUAACUCCUAAAUGCCGUGAUAUUGCAGGGUAGCUGUGAAAGAGGCUCAGCUAAAUUAAGCCCGUUUGACUUUAAGGAGGUGGGAACAUGGGUUCCAAAGUGGGUGGGGACAAGAGUUUGCUAAGCCCACAUUCUUAGCGAUGCCUCAAGUGAAAAGUGCCCAUUGGUUAGAUCCAGGCCUUGCCUCCUGGCCACAGUUCCAUCUUAAAGGAGCGGUGUCCUAGCAUUUGCAGUUUGUUUUGGGGUUGGUUUGUUUUCUUGGUUGUACUUAAAAUGUUCCUAACUGGCCACGGGGUCUGUACCUGCUAACCAAGGGCCCAAUCAAACUCUUGGGGUGAAGAUGGCAGAUGGGAUAGAUUUGAUGAAGUACAUACAAGGGGAGGAGUGGGGGUUGGGAUGGAAGGAUUACAUGGAAAUUUAAAACCAAAAGAGGGUGGUUCUUACCCACCCACCUUGUGGGACAGGGGAAGUGUAACUGGGGAGGUUGUUCUAGAAUUGGGCCUCCACGCGCCAGCCUCAUCAGUCAGAAUUGCCUCUGGUUUUAAGCACCCUGCCAUUCUGGGUGGUACUGCUCCCCCUUGCCUGGCACUGGCCCCGGCCCCAUGGCGGCUUUGUUGCACCUGUUAAUUUAGCAGCAGCUCCUGAGGCCCCAGCGCCUGUUGGUUUCUCUCCGGAGCUGCGGGGGUAGCGUGGGAGACUGGCCUCGAAUGCUGGGGCGGUGCUGGAGUCUCGGGCUGCAUCUCUGCUGAAAACACUGCUUGAGCUCUUCAGAAUAGACUCUCACUCCAACGCUGGGAGUUAAUCCACCUCCCAGAGCGGUGGCAGCUUGGGCCGGGACAGAAUUUGUCCCUGGGUUUAGUGGGGUUGGCUCUCGGCAGCGGGGGGUUUUCACACCCCUGCGAGAUGUGAUGUGUCCAUGUAAAUUUUCAGCAUAGACCAGCCCUCGCAGCCCACGGGCUGCUGAUUUAACAGAAUUGGUGGGCGGGGGGGCUAGAUUUCCCAGCAGCCUUAGGGGAAGGCGCUUCGGCUGGCUGGCUGGUCAAGCUCAAGGGUCCGGCUUCAUUUGUUUCAAUCUUGAGCUGUUCUGCUCUAGCCCAAACUGGGUGGGGUGAUGGGAGCACCAGGCCAGCCCCCCCUCCCCCCCGGCUCUGGGGAAUGAAGCAGGCCCGGCCCUUGGGUGUAGAUUUCCCCCAUAGCUUUCAGUUCCCCCAGGCGGCCUCUCUCCCUGUCUAAGGCUGAGUGUUUCACACCUACUGUUUUUGGGGUGCUAUGAAUGGAAUGUGAAAUAAACGAGCUGCCCCUGCCGCUCACUGAUGAGGAUGGGUCAGAACCUCCUAAAA